ACUCCUCACGCGCCGCUGCCUUCACCUUGGCCCCAAUCACAAACUCGGCCCUACACUCCUCCGCGCAAACUCACUCCAUCCCUCCCAGGACCGUCGUAACCUGGAUAUUUCCCCCCCACCCACGCACCGCUCCUCCGUUUACGCCGCCUUCGUGUUAUUCUCGUCCCCGUCGGAAGGGCCUUUCUGAGUGGUCAGUCCCGUGCCACAGUCACAGUGUGGUGUUUCCGUCAGCUGUGUGAUCCAGCACUCCCUGAGGCAGCAAAGGUCACUGUUUUCCACUGACAUAACAUGGCCAGUGUUGCGAAAAGACUGCAAUUUCUCAAGAAUUUGGCCUUUCAACUGAAGGAAACGUGUCCAGCGGAAGCACGCUACCUUUUAUGGACAUGUCAGUCUAUAACAGGUGUGAAGGUUAAUCCAGAAGGAGUAUGUAGCCAUUGCUUCGAGUGCUUCCUCCCUGGAAACCACAGAGUUCGACUGAAAUCCAAAAGGAGGAUGACUGUGCAAAUUAAAAAGCUACUGCAACGUGAAGCAGCCAAUUGGAAACUUAACCUCAAACAAGUGCGACAACUGCAGAAAUAUAGAAACUCGAGGAGUACCUUGAAACAAUAG